AUCUCACAUACAGAUACCAAGUGACCAGAUCUGACCUACCCAAGGACUCAAUAUGCUGUUGAAGGUGGCAACCCUCGCUUUGGUUUUAUGUGCCAUCACAGGCUCUCAAGCUGAUGUUAGAACGGUCCAAGUGGCCAAUGGUUUUUGGGACUAUGUCUCCCAGCUGCAAAGUAGCACCAAGGAUACGGUGGAGCAGAUCCAGCAGUCGGAUAUCAGCAAACAACUUAAUGUUCUCAUACAGGAAAAUAUGAAAAGUGUGAACCUUUAUGCUGGAGAACUACAAAGCCAACUCAUUCCUCUUGCAAAACAGAUCCAUGACCAGCUCACACAAGAUUCAGAGAAACUUCGAGAGCAGAUACAACAAGAGCUGGAGAAACUCAGGGUGAAGAUUUCUCCUUAUGCAGAUGAAGUACACAAACAAGUGAGCAAGAAUUUGGAGGAGCUGCAGCUCAAACUGACUCCUUAUGCAGAGGAGCUGAAAAGCCAACUAGAGAAGAAUACUAACACAAUCAGUCAGCAGCUUAGGUCUGUUGUACAAGAAAUGGAUGCUAAGAUAAGAGAGAAUGCAGGAAAUUUGCAAGAGUCUUUGGCUCCAUAUUCAGAAAAACUCCAGAACAAAAUAGAUGAGAGUGUAGAUCAACUUAGAAAACAACUUAACCCUUACACUGAUGAGGUGAGAGAGAAGAUUGGCCAUCAAGUACAAAAGUUACGUGAGAGCCUGAGUCCUUAUGCAGAGGAGAUGCAGGAGACUUUAGCCAAGCAGAUAGAGAGCAUGGAAUUCCAAAUGAGAAAGAGUGUUGAUCAAGUGGACACCCAAAUAAGAGAGUUCACAGAGCAGUUAAAAGAUCAAUUAAGCCCCUAUGCAGAUGAGCUGAAAGUGAAACUCCAAGUAAAUGCUAGGGAUGCAAAGCAGACACUUGAGCCAUAUCUCACUGAGAUCAGCCAGCAGAUGGACCAGAAGAUUGCAGAAUUUAAAGUUAGCAUUACUCCCUAUGGAGAUGCUCUCAACAAAGCCCUAGUGCAGAGGGUAGAAGACAUGAAGCAGAAAUUAGGAAAAUACACAGUGACUGUGCAAGAUCAAAUGGAAUACCUAGAAAAAGAUAUUAGCGAAAAGCUUAGCGACUUCGUUAAUAAAGGUCUAUCUACUGAAAACACUUUAUAGGCCCAAACUAUUAUCAGUCCAUUACAACUUGCACCACCUGCAUGUCAUAUCAAUCUAAAAAAAACUGAAUCCAGCUAGGAAUCCCCACACCAAAUGUGACUGCCAGCAUACUGAAAAGAAAGUAAAAAGAAAAUAUAAAAGCUAGGAGAAUGUGCACUGUAACAAGUUUUGUAAUAAUAAAGAUUUGUGUCUGUUGGGACUGUUAACUAAUGUUUCAUUUUCGGAAUAGGUUUAUGUUAAAAUUAUACAAUUGCCAACACUAAAAGGUGCCAUUUUAUUUCUAAUUCCGCUGUACUUGUUUCUUUAUCAUUAUGUCUGGUAUGAAGCUCCAACAACAUAUAGCCAUGUAAUGUUUACCUUUCUUUCCAGAGUUGAUAUGCAUGCAAUUCAUGAAUGUGUCUCAAUAAAAUGCAACUCAGCAAUGCAAAA